GCUGUAACGCUUUUUACGGGCGACUCUGUGGAAUACAUUACAUCUUCUUCAUCCUCUACCCAAAUCCAUCUCUUUCCCUCUCAUUGCUCGCGUUCGAGAGCUCUCUCUCUCUCUCCAUAGCUCUCGAUCGAGCUUUCAAUUCCGACAGGUUUGUUUUGCGUAGUGUUUUUUUGGUUGUUUGUUUGAUUUUUUAGGAGAAGGAAGAGUGGAUUGAUAUUUGAGGGGUUUUUUGGGUAUGGUGGGAGGUGAUUUGGCAUUUUUGAUGUGAUUGAGGGUGGGAAAUGAACUGCGCCAAUAAAAUGGACGUGGCGGUGCAGUUGAAGCGGGGGAUAUCGCGGCAGUUCUCGACGGGGUCGGUGCAGAAGAGCGGGAGGUUCAGCUUCAGGCGCCAGAACUCGCUGGAUCCGCGCCGGAAUAAUAUGCGUUUCAGCUUCGGCAGGCAGUCGUCGCUCGAUCCGAUUCGCCGGAGUCACGCCGAUGACAUCGACUUGCUCACGGUGCCGGAGAACCUCGACUCAACCAUGCAGCUGCUCUUCAUGGCCUGCCAGGGGGACGUGGAGGGAGUCAAGGAAUUGCUGGAUGAGGGAAUUGACGUCAAUAGCAUUGAUUUGGAUGGCCGGACCGCUCUGCAUAUCGGGGCGUGCGAAGGCCACGUGGAGGUCGUUAAGCUUCUGCUCAGCCGGAAGGCCAAUAUUGAUGCUCGUGAUCGAUGGGGGAGCACGGCAGCUGCUGAUGCCAAGUAUUAUGGAAAUGCUGAUGUCUAUAAUAUCUUGAAGGCCCGUGGGGCCAAAGUUCCAAAAAUCAGAAAGACACCUAUGACUGUUGCUAAUCCCCGGGAAGUUCCAGAAUAUGAACUCAAUCCACUGGAGCUUCAAAUUCGCAGAAGUGAUGGAAUCAAGGGAUCAUAUCAAGUUGCUAAAUGGAAUGGUACCAAGGUUUCUGUGAAGAUUCUUGACAAGGAUUCCUAUUCAGACCCUGAAAGCAUAAAUGCUUUCAAACAUGAACUAACAUUGUUAGAGAAAGUACGGCAUCCUAAUGUGGUUCAGUUUGUUGGAGCUGUCACCCAAAAUAUUCCAAUGAUGAUUGUUUCCGAGUAUCAUCCAAGAGGCGAUCUAAGUAUCUAUCUUCAAAAGAAAGGACGCCUAUCUCCUUCUAAAUCCCUAAGAUUUGCUCUUGAUAUCGCUAGGGGCAUGAAUUAUCUUCAUGAAUGUAAACCAGACCCAAUUAUCCAUUGUAGUUUACAGCCAAAAAACGUUUUGCUGGAUGAUGGAGGUCUGUUGAAAGUUGCAGGAUUUGGUUUAAUUAGGCUGUCAAAAAUUUCUCCUGACAAAGCAAAGUUGGUGCAGCCACAUGCCUAUGACCGUAAAAGUUACUAUGUGGCACCUGAGAUUUAUAAGGAUCAAAUAUUUGAUAGAAGUGCAGAUGUAUACUCAUUUGGUAUAAUACUUUACGAGAUGGUGGAAGGAUAUCCUCCUUUUCAUCCAAAACCUCCUGAAGAGGUUGCUAAGUUGCUAUGUUUAGAAGGAAAAAGACCAACAUUCAAGACAAAAUCCAAAUAUCCUCCUGAUUUGAAAGAGUUGAUUGAAGAAUGUUGGAAUCCUGAUCAUGUUGUGAGGCCAACAUUUUCAGAGAUCAUUCUACGGACAGAUAGAAUCGUUACAAAUUGCUCUAAACAUGGAUGGUUGAAGGACACUUUUAAGCUUCCUUGGUUAUAAAGGACACAUCGAAAUGGUAUUUAUUAUCGAGAGAAUGGGGAAAGAUUUUGAUCGAGCAGAGGAGAUUAUUUGGACGAAGCUUGAAUACAGACAUCCUUAACGAAAUUCGUACAGGCUUCACCCAUGUUGUAAGUUUAUAUAAGAUUGAUAAUUCGUGGACCGAUGGUCGGGCUUAGAACAGAAAACUUUCCUCAGUAGAUUUUAUCAGAGCUGAUGAAUCUCUCUCUCUCCCUCUCCAUUGUACGUAUGAUAUGUCAAGCUUAAUUCCUAGACGAUUGUUAUACACGGUGAGUGAAGUAGAAACAUUUGUAUUAUAAGGAAAAAACACGGAAGUGAUUUAAGAUUGAAUGUACAUGUUACUUUCUUUUUUUUUUU